CAAGUACUACUACUACUUCUAUUACAACUACUACAACUACCUGUUUAGUGCUUCCCCCGCCCCCUGCCCCCCCCUCCUCAUUUGAAAUUAUCAAACUCACGAAAACACUCAGCGAAAGGCUCACUUCUUGGUCUUUGUCGUCGUCGUCCUUUACGUCCUUUACGUUGGUACGUACGUAUGGGUCGAUUUGGAACCAGUGGUUCGAAUCAUUGGAGCGGCAGUACCUCCAGGAUCGUUCCAAUGUCACAAGGACACAGCUGGUUCGCCAUCAGUGGCAUUCUGGCCUUGCUUUUGGCCUUUAUUCUCACACUUCUGAUCAAUGGCCUGGCCGGAUCCGUAGGCAAGGAAAGUGGGUUGGUUGAGUAUGCCGUGGGCGAAUUAUCGGACAUCUAUGACACGUACAUGACACCAGCGGGAUGGGCUUUUGCCAUAUGGAGCUUAAUCUAUAUCUGGAUGGCCGUUCUUCUGAUAUUUUAUAUCGUGACAAUAUUCCAAUCCAACGACUUUGGCAAGGUGUAUUUGAACCCGGAGGUGGCCAAUUUCGCCUAUCGCGCCAUUUUCAUCGCCAAUCUGUCCCUGAACGCGAGCUGGAUCCUACUUUGGGGCAAUAACUACCUGUUGGCCUCGUGUAUCAUCCUCUUCUUGAUUGCCAUUACCAACAUCAUUCUCUUGGGCAUCUUCAGUUUCAACAUCGCGGAGGACAACCAUCGGCUCAAAUCCGAGCAGUCCAAAUUAUUUUGGACUUAUGUGGUGCUCGGUCAGAACUGCCAUGGCACCUAUACAGCUUGGACGUUGAUCGCCUCGUGCAUCAGUCUGGCCACGGAGUUGAGUUAUGGGAACGCGGGCCUAAAUCGAGAAUCGUCCUCUCUGAUAGGCCUAAGUCUCCUACUAGCCAUCGUGGUGAUUUGGUUCGUGUUGGAAAACACCGUACUGGAUCGCUACGUGCGUUUCUUAGUCACCCCAUACUUGGUGGUGAUCUGGGCGGCCAUUGCCACGGUGACGGAACACCAAAGUUCAGCCGACAUACCGGACGUGAUAGAGUGGUACGUGAUCGGGAUCUUGGUGCUGGCCGGGGUUCUGGCCAUUCUCAGGGCGGGUAUUAUUGCCUAUCGACAAAUCAAAAUGCCUUUUAAGUAAGAAACCAAAACCCAACGUCAGUAUCCCGAGCGAGGCAAUAUACUCUUUUCAAUGUGUACAGCCCUUGGUGCCUCUCAUUCCAAUCUUAAUGCGAAAUACAUUGGAAGUCAUACACUCAU